AUGAAGUUCGGAAAGGAGUUCCAGCAGAUCCUCUCGGACUCGCACUUUCCCGAAGAAUGGAGAUCUUCUGCCAUAGAAUAUGGACAACUCAAAAAGAUCAUCAAGGAUGUCGUAUCCGAGCUGUCCGGAAUGGGAUUGUCGCCGGAUGUCCUCAACAAACUGCUCGUGACCGAGGAGGCACGAGUCACGCCGGCUCAUUCUCCCCAAGGCAGAGCCGAAGUAUCCUCGGCAUUUCAGUCCACUACACCACCCGCGGUUGAAGGCGACAUCCUCGAGUUCGAGUUUGACUCGGACGAGGCGUCUCCGCCCUCCCUGUACCCUACGCCCAUGUCCGCACCGCGGCAGCCCAAGCAGACCCUCGUCGACCCUAUGCUCGAUACGAGCGGCUACUCAGACCUCCAUCCACCCGCUACCUCGCGGUCUAUGGAGGCCGGACCCUCGUCACUUCACCCCUCCCACAACCAGCGGAAAUUCCGGGUCCGGCUGCUCUCGGAGUCCAGGCCGGAAACGCCAGCGGCGAGCAGAGACCCUUCGCCCGGCGGCGAAGCGAGGGCGCGCCCAAUGAGCGUCUCGGGAAUGUUCAAGGACACAGGCGCGGGAGAGCUGGGAGAUGGGGAUCAAUUGAGUGGGUCAUGGGGACGGGAGAGUGUGCUGGACGGGGCCGGGGGAGUGAGGGGCCGGAAAGUGAUCAGGCGGAGCAUGAACGAGGGAACUAGGGUGAAGGCGGAGUAUGUUCUUGGUGGGGAUGCUCAGCACCCACAACCGCAAUUAGUCCUUCAUCUCCCCGCGGCAACACCCCCUCUAUCGCGAGAUACGUCUUCUACACCCUCCAUGUCGAACGGUGUCUCAUCUGAGGAUGACACAGAGGAUGAGGACGAGACGUUGUCUCGCGUAGCGGUACCCAUCCGGAAAUCCACUCUCCUGCUUCAAUCCGCCGCCAACUCGCCAAAUACCAUCCGCGCUGCCCGGUCUCCACUCGAGCCGCCCGAGAUAGACAUUGUCCCGCCAAGUCCAAGUCUCCAGCGAGUACGGACGGCACUGUCACCCAUCUUUGCCCUUGCCAGCGGGGCUAUCGAUAAUGACCUAGGCGAUCUGUCUUUAGGGGAUUCGGCAAUAGAGGAUGAGCCCCUCGAGCUGCCCACUCCCCCUCCUCUCGGUCGCCCCGGCCCCUCUCCGCCCAACGGCGAGCGAGAUAGGGAUAUCAUCAUCCCACUCGCCUCGGACCAGGCAUUCUUCAACCUCCUCACAGCCGCUCUCACCUCCCUAUCCGCCUUCCACGCAGAACAGCAGGAACAAUUCCGCCUAUCUGUCUCCCGUCUCUGCUCUAUGGUAUCCACCUCGAUCCAACCCUCCUCCUCCUCUUCUGGCUCCGGCGCUAGCAUCUCCCCUCUCACGUCCAACGGCACCCGACCAUUCGGCGUCGCCCCCUCACUCGCCAGACCCAACAAGAAGGACCUAUACGCAUGGCGCGAGAUCUUCACGCUGUGGAUCGAAGCGGAGAUCUUUGAGAGCUCUGCUGAGCGGACAAGAGGGGAACGGACGGUCGAGCAGGCGGAAGUGCGGCUGCAGAAGUUUGCGGACGAGGUGAUCAAGCGUGGUUUAGGGGAUCGGCGUACACUGAGGGGAAAGAAGGCAAGAGGGGCAUGGGAGGAGUUCCUGCGGCUGAAUGUGCUGUUGCUGGAUCUGAAGCGGUUCCAGAUGGCCAACAUCAAUGCGGCGAGAAAGAUUCUGAAGAAGCACGACAAGCGGACUGCUCUGACCGCUUCGACUGGAUUCCAAUCCUUCGUCCGCUCUACGUUAUCAGCAGUCGGUACGGACGGCAACAUCACCACCUGGACCUUCUACAAUACCUCACUCCCACAUGUCCUGCUCGCCAGCCUGACUGAUACCCUGCUACCGAUCUUGCCAAGUCUGGACGACUACGCCUGCCUCAUCUGCACCUCAAUAGCCUUCAAGCCCAUCCGCCUGUCGUGCAAGCAUCUCUUCUGCGUACGGUGCUUGGUGAAGAUGCAACGGGCGGGCAAGGCAGAGUGUCCGCUCUGCCGGUCGAGGGUGGUAUUGCUAGCAGACAAGGACUCGUUAGAUGUGCAAGUCAUGAGCUAUAUGAAGGAGUGGUUCCCGAAGGAAGUCAAGAUGAAGCAGAAGGAGAAUGACGAGGAGAUCAAUCGGGAGCUCAUGUCGUACACGCAAGGUGGGGCAGGCGGGGGAUCGGGAGGGAAGGAGUGUGUCAUCAUGUAG